GCAUUUCUUUCCAGAAGCGAGAUGCCUCGGCGCGCCCUCGCUCGCCAGUCUUUGCUAUUGUUGUAAGAGAAUGGUAAGAGGAUUUCCUACGAACGAAGCCACACUCCGAAUAUGACGAGAGCUCGAAAAAUCGACAUCAGCUCUCACACAGCAGCUUAACCUCUUUUUAACCCAUCUCUUCUGAUUUUUUUUUUUUUUUUUAGCCAGCCAAGGACGGCAGCUACGCUGUGUAGGAGGAGCUAGCGGCGUGUUUCCGCUAAAGAACAGGCCGAGGCGGCGAUCUCUGAAGACCUACUGUUAACAACGGCCGGACAGUUGGGAGCUAACACAGGAAAUUGCUUAACUACAGUUUUACUACGGCUUUGUCACCGUGGGAGCCGCGGGGUUUUCACCGUUCAGGUUCGGGAACAAGAACGGGCGGCAGCUGGACCGUGUGAGCGAUGGAAGCCGAGUUUUGGGAGAUCGACGAAAAUGGGAUUUGGAACUCCGUGUAUGAGGAGAUUCGCCAGCAGUCUUGUGAAUUACCCUGCAAGGUUGCCAAGUUUCCCGAAAACAAGAAUCGGAACCGUUACAGGGACGUCAGCCCCUUUGACCACAGCAGAAUAUGCCUGCAGCUGGGAGCAAACGACUACAUUAAUGCCAGCUUAAUAACUGCAGAGGAGGCGCAGAGAAAUUACAUUCUCACUCAGGGACCCCUUCCAAGUACAUGCGGCCAUUUCUGGGAGAUGGUGUGGGAGCAGAGGACCCGCGGCGUGGUGAUGCUGAACCGGGUCAUCGAGAAAGGCUCGAUCAAGUGUGCCCAAUAUUGGCCACAGAGGGAGGAGAAAGACGCCGUCUUUGAAGACACCAACUUCAGGGUGACUCUGGUCUCGGAGGACAUCAAAUCGUACUACACAGUCCGACAGCUGGAGCUGGAAAAUCUGUCGACUCAGGAGACUCGUGAAAUUUUACAUUUUCACUACACCACCUGGCCGGACUUCGGGGUCCCCGAGUCCCCCGCCUCCUUCCUCAACUUCCUCUUCAAGGUGCGAGAGUCGGGCUGUCUGAACGCAGAGCACGGGCCGGUGGUGGUGCACUGCAGCGCCGGGAUCGGACGCUCUGGGACCUUUUGUCUCGUGGACACCUGCCUUUUAUUGAUGUCCCUUCGGAAAGACCCGUCUUCGGUGCGCAUCCGAGAGGUGCUGCUGGAGAUGCGGCGUUAUCGGAUGGGCUUGAUUCAAACGCCAGACCAGCUUCGCUUCUCCUACCUUGCCGUCAUCGAAGGUGCCAAGUACAUCAAAGGAGACACAUCUCUCCAGGAGUCAUGGAAGGAGCUGUCAAAUGAGGAAGAUGAUCCUCCAGAGUUCAGCCCUCCCCCACCUCUCCCCCCUUCCAGAGACCCUCACAACGGCCGAGUGCAGCCAUCUUUUUUCCCAGAUAAUAUAGACGUCAUCCAGUGUGUGAAAACAUCCCCACAGGGCUUUCACGUCGUCUCUUCACUCAGGUCCUCACAGGACACGGAGCUACGGAAAAGAAACCCAGCCGCCCCGCCGCCGCCGCCGCCUCCAGACAGAGGGGAUCUGCUGGACGAGCACGUGGCGAUCCAAGACCCGGCCAAUAAAUCCCAGCAGCCGGAGGAGACGGAGGAGAAGGAGGAGACGGAGGCGCUGUCGGCGGGACCAGAGCAGCCAAAGGGAACCUGUCCUGUGCCGGGGGUCUGGUCCCCGACUACAGCCCACGUGUGCCUGGGCACGGCGCUGGCUCUCAGUGCUUAUGUCUGCUAUCGCGUCUAUUUCCACUGAUGUCUAUCCUUCCUUCCUUCCUUUUUCAUUUAUUUUUGUUUUUGUUUUUUUCGUUCCAUGAUGUCGCAAAAGUGGACCUGGCUGGCGGGUCGGCCGGCUUUGACUCUGAGUGGCUGGUCGGUGAUAGUUUGGCGCUCAGCUGAUUCGGGUUCACCUGUGACGAUAUUAGAAAUGGUCGGCUGCCUCUUUUUUUUUUUUUUUUUAACCCAAACUUCCUCUGUGUAUUGCCAUCUCCAACGCUCAGGGCCUCGGUUUUCUCAGGUGCCACAUCCCAAACGUGUGCGCGCCGACCCAAACGCAGACUCGCCGUAAAAAAAACACACGUCGGUCUGCUGAGGCGAAGGGGUUUCCAUUGGGACCGCUGGUCUGGGCACCAGGACCAAUGACCUCUGCCUAAUUGUCAUGCAUCUUUUUUUUUUUUUCUUAUUUACCAAAAUGACACCUUUGAAUGUGUUUUUCCAUUUUUAUCCUCAACUCGUUUAGUUACACAGACUGAUCAAGAUUUUUUGAUUAAGCUGGACUGAAAACAUGUCACUAAGGGAGAAGCUUUGUUCAGAGUUGAGGGACUUUCAGAAAACUACAAAGAUAAAAAAAAAAAAAAAAAACUAGUUUACUCCCAGUAAACGAAUGAAAGUGUGGAUUUUGAAUGAUCUCUACAUACUAGUCGUCUGUUUCCGGCAGGUUGAGUAUCUUUUUUUUUUUUUUUUUCCUUCUUCUUCCCUGUUUUGUAGAUUUGUGAAUCUGCUCAGUGAAAACUAUUAAUGCAACAUUUACAGUAGGUUUAAUAGUCCUACUGUAGCGUUCGGCUCUCGGUCUGUUUUUUCUCCCGGUAGCUCGAUGGCGCCGCCUGAAUCGACGUUGUGCGGGGACGGGGUGACGUGUCUCCGCUGGUUUCCAGGCAGAAUCGGGUUUUUAUCCUGAGAUGGAUCACAACACACGGCUUUAGAUACUGUCCGUAGUUUUACAGUAGAU